AUGUCUCCCACGCCUCAAAACUCUCCAGAAUCUCUACCUCCUACUUCACCACCAUAUCGAUUUCGUGCGAAUCUUUCUCCUCUUGAUCGCUUCAUUGCCAUAGCCGCGGUUUCAUCGGGCUGGGGCCUGUUGUUUGGCUCAUACACCGGUGGGAAAACUGCAGGUCUUCAGCAUCUGGCCGAGAAUGCUCACAAACUUCCUCGUACCAAAAGCGGAUGGUAUCAUUAUCACAAACAUAAGAAUUUUCGAAUGAUAAUUGGUGGUCUGAAAAGUGGCAUCCACUUGGCCGGCAAAACCAGUUUGUUGUGCUUGUGUUUCAGCGGUACGGAGGCAAUACUGGAUGAAUUGAGAAAGGAGAAUGAUAUUUGGAAUAGUUGUGUCGCGGGUCUUUUGAGUGCCGGAAUUAUAUCAAGUUUCUACCGAUUACCGCGACAGAGUGCCAAGUACGCAUACACAAUAGGACUUGGAUUUGGACUAAUCACUGGUGGUAUGCAAGAUUACCUUAAACUUUCUCAGGGACAAAGGAUUUGGUACAUAGAUCGAUUAAAAG